CCGCUCCGUUGACUUUCUUUUGACUGUAUUGUGAAUUGAAUUACGCUGUGAGCCUACGAAGCCUGAGAGGGUGAAAAGUAAAAGCGAUUCAGAGCAGAACCAAAGUAGACCAAGAGAAACUCGAUCAUGCUUCCCACUUUGGUGAGGGAGUGAGCGGAGGACGCAAAAGUAAGUUUCGUCUGCCAAGAUCGGCCGUGGCGGAGGGUCGAAUCGAGGACGCUCUGUGUGUUUUAGGGUUUGUUUCUCUUCCAAUUCGGACUCCGGAAUGGCGAGUCCGCAGUCAGAACGAGCCGGAGUUACUUUCAGUUCCGGCAAGGGUUUGUCUUUGACGCCAGGUUCUAGGGUUUUGCAGACCCCACUUGCCGACGAUGCUAUCUGGAAGCGUCUCAAAGAGGCUGGGUUCGAUGAGGAAUCGAUUAAACGCAGGGAUAAAGCUGCGCUUAUAGCAUAUAUCGCUAAGCUAGAAGCUGAGAUCUACGAGCACCAACACCAUAUGGGCCUUCUCAUAUUAGAAAGGAAGGAGUUGGCUUCAGAUUGUGAGCAAAUGAAAAGUAAAGCUGAGACUGCUGAAUUACUGUACAGGCGUGACCAAGCUGCCCACUUAUCGGCUUUAACUGAAGCAAAGAAACGAGAGGAGAGUUUGAAGAGGACUAUUGGGAUAAAGGAAGAGUGUAUUGCUAGUCUUGAGAAGGCUUUGCACGAAAUGCGUCUAGAAUCUGCUGAAACCAAGGUUGCAGCUGAGAGUAGAUUGACUGAAGCACGCAGUACGAUGGAGGAUGCUCAGAAGAAAUUUAUUGAGGCUGAAGCCAAAAUACAUGCAGCAGAAUCUUUACAAGCGGAAACUAACCGGUGUAAUCGUGCUGCAGAAAGAAAGCUCCAGGAAGUCGAGGCACGGGAAGAUGACUUAAAGAGGCGUAUGACGUGUUUCAAGUCUGAUUGUGAUAAGAAAGGAGAGGAGAUUGUGCUCGAGAGGCAAUCUUUGAGUGAAAGACAGAAAGCAUUGCAGCAGGAACAUGAGAGAUUACUUGAUGGACAAGCGUUGCUUAAUCAGCGGGAGGAACAUAUAUUUAGCAAGACUCAAGAGCUAAAUCGACUUGAAAAAGAGUUAGAGGACUCAAGAGCUAGCAUUCAGAAUGAGCGCAGAGCAAUUCACGAUGUGAAGUCCAAUUUGCAACUCACUGAAGCAUCUUUAUCAAAGAGAGAAGAGGCUGUCAAUAGAAUGGAAAUUUUGCUGAGCAGGAGAGAGCAGGAGCUACUUGUUUUACAGGAAAAAAUUGCGACACGGGAAUCUAAUGAAAUUCAAAAAGUCGUGGCAAACCAUGAAAGUACUUUGAGAACAAAGAUAUCAGACUUUGAUGCUGAGCUACAAGUAAAGCAGAAAGAAGUUGAAGAUGAAAUUGAAGGCAAGAGACGUGCGUGGGAGUUGAGAGAGAUGGACCUUAAACAGCGGGAUGAGCAACUCUUGGAAAAGGAACAUGACUUGGAGGCUCAAUCUAGGUCAUUGGUAACAAAGGAGAAGGAGGUAGAAGAAUUAUCCAAGUUUCUUGAUGUAAAGGAGAAGAACUUGAGAGCUGUUGAGCAGGAGCUUGAACUUAAUAAGGUACUCCUGCAAAAAGAGAAAGAUGAGUGCUCUAAGAUAAAGCUAGAGCUUCAGCACUCCCUUGACUCUCUGGAAGACAGAAGGAAACAAGUUGAUUGCGCAAAGGACAAGCUUGAAGCCUUUAGGAGUGAAACUAAUGAAUUAUCUCUGCUAGAGAUGAAGCUUAAAGAAGAGCUUGAUUCAGUUAGAGUUCAGAAACUAGAAUUGAUGGAUGAGGCAGAUAAGUUGAUGGUUGAGAAGGCCAAAUUUGAAGCUGAAUGGGAGUUCAUUGACGAAAAAAGAGAGGAGCUGCGGAAGGAAGCGGAAAUUCUAGCUGCAGAGCGGUUAGCCGUGUCCAAUUUUAUCAAAGAUGAACGUGAUAGCCUUAGAUUGGAGAGGGAUUCAAUGCGAGAUCAAUUCAAGAAUGAUAUGGAGACACUUUCUCGUGAGCGAGAGGAAUUCUUGGAGAAGAUGACACGUGAACGUUCUGAGUGGUUGAACAAAAUGCAGCAAGAACGUAAGCAUCUAUUGAUGGAUGUUGAGGCACAGAAGAAGGAGCUUGAGAAUUGUCUUGAGCAGAGGCGUGAAGAAUUAGAGAGCCAUUUAAGGGAAAAACUAAAAAACUUUGAGCAAGAAAAGAAUCAUGAACUAGAGAGAAUUAGCUUCCUUAAAGUCAAAGCAACCAAGGAUUUGGAAGAGGUUGCAUUAGAAACUAAGAAACUUGAAACUGAGAGAAUGAAGAUUAAUUUAGAUCGUGAAAGAAGGAACGAAGAAUGGGCAGAACUGAAUAAUUCAAUUGAGGAACUCAAGAUUCAAAGGGAGAAAUUAGAGAAACAGAGGGAGUUGUUGCGUGCUGACAGGGAGGAAAUUGUUGCCGAGAUUGAACGCCUUAAGAAAUUCGAGAAUUUGAAAGUUGCUUUGGAUAAUCUGGCUGUGGCUGAGAUGAACAGUUCCAGUUUGGAACCUGCUCAUCCAAUAAGUUCUCCAAGAAAACGUUUGAAGCAGCGAGCAGUUGUUAGAGAUGAUGAUUUGAAUUCACAGCACCAAACAGAUACUGAAAAGAUUUAUAAUGGCUUUGAGUCCCCAUCUAUGCUCAAGUUAGAUGGUGAUUCACAUCCUAUCUCAUCUCGUUUAUCGUGGAUCAAGCGUUGCUCUGAAUUGAUAUUCAAGCAAUCUCCUGAGAGAGAGAGGCCAUUUACGAGCUAUCAUGAUAAAAACCUGAUCACUCAGGCUGACAAUUCAAUCUCAAUUUCUGGACAACUCUGUCAGGCUCAGGAUUUUGAGAAGACUUCUGCUGAAAGACAGGAUGUGAAAUACGAUAUCGAAGAACCAAAAGUAAUUGUUGAAGUACCCCCAGCAGGCAAGGACAUGAAAGGAGUACCUGUUCUUGAAUCUGAGAUUGUAAAUGAUGUUCCUGUGUCUGAUAGUAGGAUUUUGUCUGGAAGGAAAAGGAGAGCUACCAAUAUUACUCGUAGUGAUUCUCUAGGACAAAUGGAGCUAGAAAAUAACAAUAAGAAACAGAGACAACAAGAAAUGUCUGUAAGCCCUUCGGAAGAAGAUCCUAGUUGCCCUGAAGAAGCAAACCAAAUGAACGUGUCUGAGGAUCCUAAGGAAUUUAUGUCCUCCAUAGAAAACCAAGAAAGUGUCAGAGAGGCUGAAGUUAUUAUUAAUACGGACAUUAAUAUCACGGAAGUGACGACUUAUAAACAGAACUCUGACAUUUCUUCCGAUCAAGAUAUGUCAAACUACCAGCAAACUCUCUCAGGAACGUACUGAUGUCCGUGGAAUGAUUUAAGAUAUACGUGUAGGAAAUGUUGAACAAGCUGCUGUUUGCUCUCAGGACAUACACCUCCGAGAAGGUAACAGAAUGUAGAGAUUGCGAGAGAGCCUGAACCUGAAGGAGGUGAAAAACCUGUUGACAUGGGGAGAUAGGAAUGUGUAAAGCGAUGAUAUCAGAGUGUAACUGUAUGUUUAUGGUUUUUGGUAGAGUGCUUUUGGAAGCGUCGUCUGGCUUCACACCCUUGAAAGGUAUAGAGGGCCAGGGGCAUUGUUUUCUAGCAUGUUAAUAUUGCUGCUCCGAAUUAAGAUGUCAAUAGAUAGUCUAUUAGUAGGAAGGGUUUUAGUGAGAUUUCUUGUUUAGUAACAUGCCUUGAAGUGGGUUGGUGGUGUGUAUAUGAUUUUUCUUGGCCGACUUUGUGCUUGUUGAAUGAAUGAAUUUGUAGAAACUCUCUUCUUCAGCUCUUUCUCUGUUGUGAGCAUUAAAAACUUCAGUUUGGAUUUGUUGCU